AUGCCCCGCAGCGAUCCCAACCCCGAUGUUGAUGAACAAUCUCCUCUCAUAGGAGCCGAGGAUACGUCGGUCAAUGGCGACGUGCAAGAAAGACCACUUUCGGAAGGCCUCGAUCUGGAAGAUUCCUUUGUAGAAUCUAAAAGUCCCUUCUACCUUAUCCUGCUCACCCUUUCCAUCGGUGGACUUCAGAUCGUAUGGUCUGUUGAACUCUCCAAUGGAUCGCCAUAUCUUCUGUCUCUUGGCAUGAGCAAAGCGCUCGUUGCCUUUGUUUGGCUUGCGGGACCUCUGACUGGAGUCCUUGUCCAGCCGUAUAUUGGUAUCCUCAGUGAUCGUUCGCGCAAUCGCUGGGGAAAACGGAAGCCUUUCAUGCUGGCUGGGGCUAUUGGGACAGUCAUCUCGUCUAUCAUCCUAUCAUAUGCCAGGGACUUGAUCCGGGUUCUGGGGGGUUUGGAGAAAGGUGCGAGCUAUGGAGGGGGCUACAAAACGGCUACCAUCAUCCUUGCGACGAUAAUGAUGUGGUGUCUGGAUUUUUCCAUCAAUACAGUCCAAGCUGCAAUCCGUGCAUUUAUUGUGGAUGGGGCGCCUUCACAUCAGCAAGAAUCUGCAAAUGCAUGGGCGUCGAGAAUGACAGGAGUCGGCAAUGUUCUGGGCUAUAUUUUCGGCUAUCUCGAUCUUCCUCAGUACAUGCAUUUUUUCGGUGACACCCAGUUCAAGGUGCUGGUUGUCAUUGCAUCUAUUGCGCUGGGCUCGACUGUGCUCCUUAGCAUUGCCACGAUCAAAGAACGUGACCCUCGGUUGGAUCCACCUUCAAAGGACGAUUAUCAGUCAGGUGGACUGUUGGGUUUCUUCAAGCAGGUUUUUGUGUCGAUCAAAAGGCUUCCUCCCCAAACGAAAACGGUGUGUCAGAUUCAGUUCUUCCACUGGAUUGGCUGGUUCCCAUUCCUUUUCUACAUUACGACCUAUAUCGGCCAGCUCUACGUGAAUCCAUAUCUCGAACCAGGUCUGUCUGAUGAGGAGGUGGAUGCGUUAUGGGCCAAAGCCACUCGAGUCGGUACCCUGGCAUUGCUGAUAUAUGCCAUCACCUCCUUCGCCAGCAAUAUUAUUCUUCCAUUUCUCGUGGUUCCGACGUACGAGGCAAUCGGAUCGACAGAGUCGGAAGAGGUGGCCAGACCACUGACCCCCAGCACCCCCAUUGGCACACGCCCAAGAUCGCAGUCUUGGGGAGAGCUCGGGAUGGCUUCUCAUCAAUCGCAGAACAGCAUCUCCAACGGUCUGACAGGCGAGAUGGGACUGAAGAAGAAGAAGGCCUCCCGAUACUUGGGCUAUCUGCAAAUCCCCGGCUUGACAUUGAGACGAGCUUGGCUGUUGUCGCAAUUGCUCUUCUCGGCAUGUACCUUUAGCACAUUUUUUAUUUCGACACCGGUGGCGGCAACGAUUAUGACUGCACUGAUCGGAAUCACGUGGUCACUCACUCUUUGGGCCCCUUUUGCGUUGAUAUCGGCGGAGAUAAGUCGGCGGAGUGAAGCCAAACGUCAACGAGAACGACAACGGUUGAUGAAUGGGAUUGAUGAAGGAGAGGAGGAUGACGAUGAGGCCACCGACCAAGCCGGGAUCAUCCUCGGUAUUCACAAUGUGGCUGUGAGCAGCCCUCAAGUGUUGGCGACAUUGAUUUGCAGCAUCGUGUUCAAAUUAUUACAGAAGCCCAGGAAUGUACCUGGAGAUGUAAGUGUGGGCUGGACAUUACGGAUUGGUGGACUGGCGACGUUGGUAUCGGCAUUUAUCACAUGGCGAAUGAAAGAGGCUGGUGACGAGACACCCAGCAAGUGA